AUGGUACUGCUGCAAGGGCUGGUAUUUGGUCGUAUUCUUCUGGAGUCGUUGAAUCGCCGUGCAGCCGCUCCAGCAGCACGACUUCUGGGAAGUGGUUCGACAACCGGACGGCAGCAGUUCUCAACUGCAUCCGGGUCGUCUAGCAAUGCUCCUCCAGUUCCGUCAUCAUCAGCGUGCUCUUCUACGACGAGAUUCGCGACUAGAAAGAAACCAGAACGGCGGCGUACCCACCUGAUGAUGCCAUAUAAUCCGUUCACUGCGCAGGAGUGCCUGCAACGAAUUGGUGGCACGUCAAUCAGGUCAAUACGAUCACUGUCAACAAAUCCAAAACAAAAUUUGCAAGAAUUGUUAAAGGAUGAAACUUGGGUAGCAGUUUAUCGAUUCCCAGGUAUACGUUUUGGUGUUCUGUUGGCUCGGGCAAAGCUGCUACAAACGAUCACGAGUAUUUUGUUGAUACCAUACACCUAUUGGCAAUACCUAAACGAUCAAGCAUCUGCACAGUUUCUAACUGGUGUCUCUGUGCUUGCCAUAUUGGCAACGUCAAUGCUUAUGCUAUUCAGCAGAUAUUUUAAUCGAAUGAUUGGUGUGAUUGCAAUGAGUGAAUCGAAUCAGUUCGUUCGCGUUGGCUAUCUGUCGUUUUGGGGUGGACGACGCAAUAAAAUUCUGGAAUUGGAUGACGCCCUACCGCUGUCUGAAGCUAACGAGAAUCUCAACGAUGCUAUCGUCAAAUUCAGACAGUAUUCGAGUGCGUCGUAUUUGUAUUUGCCCAUAUCGAAAGUUGAACUAUUGGAUGAGGAACGUGCAGAGCUUUUGUUUGGUGAUUUAUCCGUAUUUAAUCGGUCCAAGAAGAAUGAUUAA